AUGGGAAAAGGGCGGAGUACCAGUCCUGGGAUCAGAAGCUGGCAAGUCAAGAGAAAAAGGGAUCGUAAUUUCCAGUCCUUCAACGAGAUAAGACAGAUAGUCUGGAAACUUGGUAAAAGAAAAGCUUCAGGUGAAGAAGUAUCGAGGGGUCGAGUUCCCGCUCAGAUAUUGAAAGAGAGUUACAAAAGUGGGGUUCUUCUAUCGUUGUUAAUUGUUAAACGAGAUUGUCCUGAGAUCUUUGCGGGAUCGAGACAUCCCAUUCCAAAGAAAGAAAACCUGAAGCCGAUAGAUCUUUGGGAAUGGGAUCAGAAGUUUAGCCAAACGGGGUCAUCAAGAGAGGAAAGCGAGCGGGCAGUUGAUUCCCUUGGAUCUUUCUGGUUCGGAAGAAAGAAGGAAUUGGAAAUUCAACAACAAAGGGGGAGCCAGAAGCUUCGCUUCCGGUAUAGGGAUAUAUAUGAGGCUUUCGUUCGAUACAAAAGAUUUUUCGGGCCCGAGCAAAAAACCGAUUCCGGGGAGGAAUCGAUGGCCAUUGGAUUCGACUUCGAUCGGAGAAAGCCUCUGGAAUUGGAACAGAUGUGGUUCGCCCGCUUGCUUACUGAUCCCUCGCUCGGGUAG